GUCACAGUUGGAAGCAAUUUGCCACACGGCAUUUACUCAAUUUGAUAAAUUCGGUCCGUUAACUAAGCCAGUGGAAUGGAAUUGAACAUUUAUAUGAGCAAUUAAAUUAUUUUAAAAUUCAUAGCAGCAAAAAAAAAAACAUCUCACCUUGAGGAAUUUUAAUAAUUAAAAUAACCAAAAUACACCCUUUUUAAAUCGUUGAAAGGAUAAACGUUGUUAGAAUCAGUGAGAUUUAUUCAUAUAACUGACAUGGUCUAUGUGUCAUCCUAUGAAAGUGGUCGGGCCCCCUAUGCGCCAGACAAAAACCGUGGCAGUUGGUUGCAUCCAGAUGACUUCAUUUAUGCCUGCAUCAGCCUUGUAUUUCAGAUUGAUGUAAUUUCAAGAUCAUGGCUAUCAUCGAUAGAAUCGGGUGUCUUGAUUUUUAUUCUCGUUUACCUACUAAGCACUGUUAUUUUCAUUGUUCCUUUGAUGGUGGUCAAAUCAUACUUGGGACAAUUUUCAAGCAGUGGCUUCAUUUCAGCCCUACGAAUUUCGCCUAUAUUUAAAGGCAUGGGCUACGUAUCUCUGAUUAUGAAUAUCUGUAUCCUGGCCUGUAACAGUUUAUUUGCCACAGUGCCCUUGCUAUACAUGUUCGCUUCAAUGAAUCCUACGUUGCCCUGGAGCUGUGAGGGCUUCACAUGGACUCGAAACUUAACAGAGGAUGAGGACACAAAUCUGUGUAAUAAUGAAAGUUAUGCGACCAAAAUCGUGUCCUAUGUUGACGGUGAUAAUAUUGCACAUAAUUUCACCGAAUAUAAAAUGCAUAACAUACCAUCCGUUUUGUAUCUUAAGUAUAUGUUCCAUGACGCAAAGCUAUUCUAUUAUGGUAAAUUUGAGUUUUCGAUGGCUUGGCAACUUAUCAUCUGCACUCUAUUGGUGUGGGCUAUAAUAAGCACAAUGGUUCUAAAAGAAAUUCAAACUCAAACCAUCGGAACUCUAAUUCGUUAUUCCAUGUGUAUAGUAAUCGGUCUAAUGACAUCAUUCAUUAUUGCAUUCAGCUUUCUGCCUGGAGCUUCCAAGGUAUACGAAAACAUUUUUGAUACAACUCAUCAUGGUUUUAUGAACACUGUGGCCUAUAUACCCAUAUGUGGUCUAGCAGCAUUUGGACCUGGCUGGGGCAUGGUGAUAACCCUUUCCAGCUUCAACAAAUUCAAUACAAAUGUUAUCAAAUCGAGUUGCUUAAUUGCUUUGGGACAAUUUGGAGUAAUGCUUGGCCUAGAAUUUCUAAUACGAUUGAGUGAAGCCUUUUUAUUUGCUAACGCAAAUGACAACUAUUACAGAGAUGUUGAAGUAUUUUGGACUAUAUAUCUAUCAAGCGGAAAUGUUCUGGCGCACUUGCCUUGGGCUAACUUGUGGUCGAUAUUAUUUUACUUCAUGUUAUUUUUGUCCAAUCUUACACUGACGUUUCUUCAACUGCUCUCUAUUCUAACCUCAAUUUUUGAUGAAUUUGUAUUUUUGCGGGAGACGCGAGUUUAUGUCAUCACUGGCUUGCUGUUCUUUUUGACUGCCCUAUCAAUUUUUUUCACUUCGAAUUUUUCCGGGGCUGGUUUCUGGCUCAGCGCCAAUGGCCCUCUUAGCGAUAGACAGUAUGGGUUCCGCAGAAAUCGCUCUACGGGAGCGAUUUCUAUGGAGUCGCUCUAUUCGCCAGUUUGUCUCUUCUCCUUUGCAGUCUUUUUAUUUGUUCCCAUCUACCUGCUAAGCGCCAUCAUCUACAUUGUACCCUUAUUGGUAAUAAAAUCAUACUUGGGUCAAUUUUCCAGCAGUGGUUUUAUAUCCGCAUUUCGUUUAUCACCAUUGUUUAAAGGAAUUGGCUUCGUAUCACUAAUGACCAACAUUUGUAUUUUGGCUUAUCACAGCAUAUAUGCGAUGGUGCCUUUGUUCUACAUGUUCGCAUCUAUGAAUCCCACCCUGCCCUGGAGUUGUGAAGGCUUUAAAACAUGGACUCGAAACCUUACCGAUCAUGAAGAAGUAAAUUUGUGCAAUAUUCAGUAUAAUGCAUCCGAAACGUUGAAAUAUGUGGAUGAAGACAGUAAUGUUACAUACAACUAUCAUUCAAUCAUAUACCACAACAUACCAUCGGUUGUAUAUUUCCAAUAUUUGUUCCACGAUGCGAAACUAUUCAGCACAGGCGAUAACAUUUUUUCGAUGUCUUGGCAACUUAUCAUUUGCAAUCUACUGGUUUGGACCUCCCUGGCUGUAGUCGUAGUUAAAUUUUUCAGAACACAAACAAUUGGAACCAUCAUUCGGUAUUCCUUUUGGAUUGUUCUUGGGCUUAUGGUAUUUUUCUUAAUCGCCUUCAGCUUAUUGCCCGGAGCUUCAAAUGUGUUCAGUAAAAUUUUCGAUACGCCUAGUCAUCUCUAUAUGGGUAUUUUAGCAGCCGCACCUAUAUUUGGUCUGGCAGCCUUGGGCCCUGGCUGGGGAAUUGUAAUAUCACUUUCCAGCUUCAACAAAUUCAAUACCAACAUUAUAAAGUCCGGCUGUCUAAUUGCGUUGGGACAAUUUGGAGUUGUGUUAGGUCUAGAUUUUCUAGCCAAAUUUUCAGAGGCAUUUUUCCUGGUUAACUUUCUAGAAAAGACCGCUGGCAACUACAUUUCAAAAGUGAAUAGUUUUUGGAGACUAUAUUUAUCUAGCGGAAGUGUGAUGGCCCACUUACCCUGGCCCAACUUAUGGUCCAUAUUGUUCUUUUUUAUGCUAUUUUUGUCCAGUUUUAUGUUAAUGUUACUGCAACUGCAUUCUAUUCUAACCUCAAUUUUUGAUGAAUUUGUGCACUUAAGGGAGAAAAGAGUUGACAUCACUAUGGGCCUAUUGUUCGUUUUGACGACAAUAUCAAUUUUUUUCUCCUCGAAUGAUGGAUUAAAUCAUUCUUAUGUGCUUGCAGCCGAUGCCCUUAUAACAACAACUGCACUAAAUUUGUUGCUUAUCUUAGUAGUACUCUGGAUUUAUGGACGAGAGCGCUAUCAGAGAGAUGUAGAAUUUAUGACAAAUCAUCGUUUUGCAACAUGGAGCAUAAACAUUUUAAGAUUUGUGGCUCCACUGGGUUUGAUUUUGGCUAUGAAUGUGGGUUUCUAUUUCUCAAGAGAUGGUCACAGAUUUUCAACUCUAUUCGUGGAUUUACUUACCAUUAUUUUUAUUGUUAUUCCAUGGGUGAGUAUUCCCGGCUUUGCUAUCUACCAAAUGUCGCGAUCAACGGGUACCAUAAAGGCCAGAUUCAUGAAAUGCUGUCAUCCCACCGAUUGGUAUCCACUUGAAGCCAACGAUAGAGUCAAAUAUGAUGCAGCAAUUGGAAGCGCACAAAUAACUCAAGCGAUAAGUGAAAUGACAUAGUAAUUUGAAAUAAAUUGUUUAGUUCGUAAGCAGAAUAAAUUAUUAUGAAAUAUUCUAUUCGACAAA